CUAAUUUUCCCUAUUUAAUAUGCUUUGUUUAUUGCUUGUGUUUGAACAUCCACUUUGACCUUCCAUAUCCAUUCCUCGCCUUCCAAGAAAACAAUAAAAUAUACAGAACCAGAGAGUGGGAGAAAAUCAGAAAAACCUCUCAAAUUUGACACAACUCAGAAAAAAAUUGAACCCAUUUUGUACAGUGCCCACCGUACAAACCUCCCUGCAAAGGAUCUGACUCAAACCCUAGCUUCGUACAAACUCAAUCUACUUCAAGAGGUAAGAAAAAAAAAAUUUAGGGAAAAGAAAUGGGCAGUAGAUGGUGGACAGAUAUGGCUCCGAUGCAGCAAUCGUCUCUCCAUCUCAUAAACUCCGCCGGAGAUGAGAAUGCCGGCGAUCACAACCCCACCGGCGACGAGGAAGACCACCAGGAAACCGACGAGGAUCGCCGCAACCUCGACCCGGAGGCGGGGGAGCCGUCGUCGAGCUCGGGGCGCCAGCGCCGCCCCCGGGGGCGGCCCCCGGGAUCGAGGAACCGGCCGAAGCCGCCCGUGGUGAUCACCAAGGAGAGCCCCAACGCCCUCCGCAGCCACGUCUUGGAGAUCGCCACGGGCGGGGACGUCUACGAGUGCCUCGCCGGGUUCGUGCGCCGGCGCCGCUGCGGCGUCUCCGUCUUGAGCGGCAGCGGGGCCGUCGCGGACGUCACGCUGCGGCACCCGGCGGCGCCGGACGGCGUGAUCAGCUUGCCGGGGAGGUUCGAGAUACUGUCGCUGUCGGGGACGUUCCUGCCGGAGCCGGCGCCGCCGGGCGCCACCCGGCUGACGGUGUUCCUGGACGGCGGGCAGGGGCAGGUGCUCGGCGGCGUGGUGGUCGGGGCGCUCAUGGCGUCGGUGCCGGUGACGGUGAUCGCCGUCUUGUUUUCCAAUGCGGUGUACGAGCGGCUGCCCGUCGAGGACGAGGAUGGCGGCGGCGAAGGAAUGCCGCCGCCGCUGCCGCAGAAUCAUGACGGGGCGUCGGAUCAAACCAAACAGAAUGUGCCUUUGUACAAUGAUGUUGUUUGGGCUCCUCAAGCAUGCCCUCCUCCCCCCUACUAAUUAAUCUUGUUGUUUUUUGGUUUAAUAUUUUAAUUUUAUUAUUAAUGUAUGUCACAAGUUUUGGUUAGACUCAAAUGAUCUUGUACCAAUAGAAAAGAUGAAAAGAUUUUGUAAU